UCUAGGUGCUGUGACUGCGAUAUGCGACGUGUCCCAGCGCAUCCAGGACAACACCCGGCGCCAUGAGAACCACCUGCAGCUCUGCCGGGUGCAGAAGCUGCUGAAGGGGCGAAAGACCAAGGUGUUGGCUGCAGGGAGGUGGUUCAUCCGUGAGGGCUGGCUGAAGGUGGUUCCUCGGAAAGGUGCGGUCGCCAAGCCCAAGAUGUUCUUCCUGUUCUCCGACAUGCUGCUGCAGGCCUCUCGCUGCGGCCCGAUGCAACUCGCCAACAGGGACAAGUUUGCCGGCAAGCACGUCUUCCCCCUGCAGGAGUGCAUCGUGGAGAAGGUGUUCGGCCACACCAGAAGCCAGGGAGGCCUGCUCAGCUUAACCUUCCCUAAAGCCAGUCUUCUGCUGAUGUCCUGCGACCAGGAGGAUCUCAAUGACUGGUACCAAAGCCUGAGCUCAGCCAUCAGGAAGCUGCAGUCUAAGGAGACAGUGGUCCAUCAGAGGGAUGAGUUGUGCCGGAGACCCCUCCGAUCAGCCACUGACAGCCACAACACGCCGAGCAGCAGCAGCAGCAGCACUCCCGGCAGGAAGAGAAACAUGGUGGGCUCUGAGACCAGUGAGCAGAGUCAGAGACCCCCGUCUGAGUCUGAGGGCAGCGCCCCCAAGAGGCUGAAGCCGGCUGACGCUCCAGAGCACAGCAGUGAAGAGGCGUCCCCUUCCAGCUGUGUGAUCCUCUGAGGGGUCUUCAGUCUCAGAUGAGGGUGGGUCCCACUCAGGCUGUCUGAGAGUUUCACUGAAGACUGAUUUAAUGCCAAACAUAACGCACACAAAGCUAUAUGUCUGUGUUGUUAACAUUACGUUUAAACUGUGCAGGUCAGGAGAUUCUGAUUAUUACUAACAGCAGCGUCCGCUUCUGCUCAUCCUGUGCAAUAUACACUUUUUAUUAUAUACUUAUUAUAUAAAUCCUAAGCUGCUUUAAAGACCAAAUAUCAUGAAUGUUUAACUGGGAGCGUUGUGUUGCUGCUGCUUGUCUAAACGUACAAUGUCAAAAACCACACUGCAGAUAACUAGUCAUGAUUUCUCUUCUGGAUGUCAUGUUUCCGGGCAGUCCCUGAAUGCACCACUCCCCCAGUCUUUAUCUCAGUCUGUUUGCAUUUUACACUCGAUACAGACUUUAGGAUGAAAAUGUGUAUUUAUUAUUUUUAUUUUAUUUAGAUUGAGGAACAAAUAAACAGUUCAUACGUGGGAAACUGACAAUAUAAAAAAAUGAAUACAAACAUUAUAAAAUCAAUCAAGUAAAAUGGAUGACCAACUUUUUUAAAGAUAAACAAUUAAUCCAUUUUUAUUUCUCACAUAUAAUUUUAUUUUCCUUUUUAUUGUUACUCUUACAUAUUAUGUCUCUUGUCAGGAUAGUUUUAAUAUAAUAUAUUCAAUGCCCUUUCACCUUUGAGUCAGAAAGUGUUGGUGAGAAAAUUAGAAAAAUUAGAUAUUUGGAAAAGGUAAAACAAAUAAGAUACCAAAGAUUCUGAUCAUAUAAAAAUUACAGAUAUGUGAUUCAUUCUUUUAAUUUAGUAUACAUUUUUAUAUAUUGUCUUAUUCUCUUUUAUUUAAUAGCGUCAUAUGACAUCCAUGAUUAAGACUGGGAAUGUUUUUGUCCAUCUUAAUACAGAUCCUAAAUUAUUAAUGAUCUGAUCAUCGGUUCAAAUGUAGAAUCACUGGUGUCUUUUUUGAUUGUUUGUUUGCAUGCGGGGAUUAUUAUAAUUAUUUUCAAAUGGAAUCAGUGCCUUUAAUCAGCUCCACUGUUUUCUAAAGAUGACUGAUUUAUGUGUCUGUGCAGGCGAGAAAACCUGGCUUACAGAUUCUAUAUGCUACUAUCAUGAUGUCCUUUAUUUACAUUUAUCCUUUUAUAUAUUUUUAUUUUAUCAUAUCCUUUAUAAACGAAUCAACAUAUGUUUGCAUCUCUACUGCAAAGCUCUUCAUAUAUUUUAUUCACACUUUUAAAAGCUGUUACACUGGUUACAAAUCAUGAAUGAAGAAAUCAUUUGAACUUCCCAAUAAAACUCUAAAACAAGU